AUGAAAGAUUAAAAAUGGCCACCAGUAGCUACUGGAAAAAGCAACAACUCCUGACUUUCCGGGAUGGUGCGACUGUCCUGUGUGGUCAGCAUUGAUGGCAGGAGAGGGGGCAAGGGAAGGGAAAAAACAGCAGCUGGCACUUGUGUUCCUGUGGACAGGAUCGACCAACCCAGCACCCUCACACAGACUGGAUAACACUGGCUCAUACCCCUCCUCUCCUCUUUUCUCACCUUGGCACCUCAUCUGAAAAAUUGUACAUUUUUUUUUAAUAUAUAUUUUCUCCGUGGGAUAUAAUUGAAGGGAUUAUGUAAAUAAGAACAUGUCAGGAGGUUCAGUCUUGUUGCAUUAAAGGAGAAGGAAGCAAAUAAAGAGGAAUAAAAAAAAAAAAAGCAAGAAUCAUCCAUCCUCUGCAACCUCUUUUGGCUGAGUGGAUGCAUUUUUCUAGAAGGUGAGCAAAGCUGAACAAAGUACUGACAUCCCCACUGUCAGAUGAUGCUGCUGCACUGCUUGUCUUCUGGAUAAAAAAUAAUAAUCUUGCUCCAGACCUAAUAUACAAGACGACGGUGUGGCGUUAAGGCUGCAAACAUGAAUAUGGUGAAGAGAAUCAUGGGCCGGCCUCGGCAGGAGGAGUGCAGCCCGCAAGAUAAUGCUUUGGGCUUAAUGCACUUAAGGCGCCUUUUUGCUGAACUUUGUCACCCUGCUCGUCACAUGACACAGAAGGAACAGGAAGAGAAACUUUAUAUGAUGUUGCCAGUCUUCAACAGGGUAUUUGGAAGUGCGCCACCUAGCUCAAUGACAGAGAAGUUUUCUGACCUUCUGCAGUUUACAACUCAAGUUUCACGAUUGAUGGUGACUGAGAUACGAAGAAGGGCAUCCAACAAAUCUACUGAGGCCGCUAGUCGGGCGAUUGUUCAGUUUCUGGAGAUCAACCAGAGUGAAGAAACCAGUCGUGGUUGGAUGCUACUGACGGUGAUCAACCUGUUAGCGUCGUCAGGACAGAAAACUGUGGACUGCAUGACGACUAUGUCCGUACCUUCCACGCUCAUUAAAUGUCUGUACUUGUUCUUUGACCUUCCACAUGUGCCUGAGGUACCUGGAGGAGCGGAGAACGAGCUGCCCUUGCCUGAGCGCAGAGCGUUACUUCAGAAAGUAUUUGUACAGAUUCUUGUGAAGCUUUGUAACUUCGUGUCUCCAGCAGAGGAGUUGGCUCAGAAGGAUGACCUUCAACUUCUCUUCAGUGCAAUAACCUCUUGGUGCCCACCUUACAACCUUCCAUGGAGGAAAAGUGCAGGUGAAGUGCUAAUGACCAUCUCACGGCAUGGACUUAGCCUGAAUGUGGUUAAGUACAUACACGAAAAAGAAUGCCUAGCCACAUGCGUGCAGAACAUGCAGCAGUCAAACGAUCUGUCCCCUCUGGAAAUUGUGGAGAUGUUUGCCGGCCUUUCCUGUUUCCUCAAAGACUCCAGUGAUGUAUCUCAAACACUGCUUGAUGACUUCAGGACCUGCCAAGGAUACGUCUUCCUCUCUGACCUGCUACUGAGGCUCGAGCAAGCAAAAGAAAAUGAAUCCAAAGAUGCUCUGAAGGACUUGGUUAAUCUAAUUACUUCUUUAACAACAUAUGGCGUCAAUGAACUGAAACCAGCUGGUUUAACAACAGGGGCACCAUUUCUUCUGCCAGGUUUUGCUGUCCCGCAGCCUACAGGAAAAGGUUUAAGUGUCCGGAACAUCCAAGCCUUCUCUGUCCUACAGAAUGCAUUUCUGAAAGCAAAAACCAGCUACCUUGCCCAGAUUAUUCUUGAUGCCAUCACCAAUAUUUACAUGUCAGACAACGCAAACUACUUUAUUUUGGAGUCCCAGCACACGUUGUCUCAGUUUGCAGAGAAGAUUGCCAAGCUGCCUGAUGUACAAGUGAAGUACUUUGAGAUGCUUGAGUUUGUGGUGUUUAGCUUGAACUAUAUCCCUUGCAAGGAACUUAUCAGCGUGAGCAUCCUUUUAAAGUCCAACACCUCAUUUUCCUGCAGCAUCAUUGCCACAAAGACUCUGCUGAAAUUCAUACGUCACCACCACAUUUUUAAAGAUGUUUUUAAAGAGGUGGGACUGCUGGAAGUGAUGGUCAACCUUCUACACAAGUAUGCUGCUGUACUGAAAGAUCCUACUCAGGCAUAUAUUGAUCAAGGAUGCACAAUUGUAAUACAGUCUACAGAGGACCAAAGGCAGCUGGCAUUAGUGGUCAUGGAGACUUUAACUGUUCUACUACAAGGAUCAAAUACAAAUGCAGGUGUUUUUAGAGAGUUCGGAGGUGCUCGCUGUGUGCACAACAUUGUGAAGUACCCCCAGUGCCGUGAACAUGCACUUAUGGUUAUCCAACAACUGAUGUUGUCCCCAAGUGGGGAUGAUGACAUGGGGACACUAUUGGGGCUUAUGCAUUCAGCGCCAUCUACUGAGCUACAGCUUAAAACAGACAUUUUGAGGGCGCUUCUUGUUGUUCUUCGUGAGAGUCAUCGGACUAGGACAGUUUUUCGGAAAGUUGGUGGGUUUGUUUACGUUACCUCUCUUCUGGUUGCAAUGGAGAAGUCUCUUGGUUGUCCUUCAAGGAAUGGUUGGGAGAAGGUGAAUCAGAAUCAAGUGUUCGAACUGUUGCAUACGGUCUUCUGUACGCUGACAGCAGCCAUGCGUUAUGAACCUGCCAAUUCUCAUUUCUUCAGAACUGAGAUCCAAUAUGAAAAAUUGGCUGAUGCUAUUCGGCUGCUUGGUUGUUUUUCAGAAACCAGGAAAAUCAGGCCUUCAAAUGUCUUCCCGUCCAAUAAUCAACCUUUUCAAAGACUCUUGGAGGAAGACUUGGUGCAAUUGGACUCUGUUUGUCCUGUGCUGAGGCACUGCAGCAAACUCUUUGUCUAUCUCUAUAAAGUUGCUACAGACUCAUUUGACAGUCAUGCAGACCAGGUUCCUCCUUGCUUGACAAAUGAGACUUCUCUCCCCUCACCUUGGGGCACGCCAGCUUUAUCCCGGAAAAGACAUGCUUACCAUGCCGUCUCCUCGUCCGCUCUGAUCCCCCCUAAAAACAUUGCUGAUAUGAAACAUACCGGAACAUCUUCUCUUGCAACUUCUGAUGCAAUCGUAAUACAUCCUGGAGCCAUGCUAUCUAUGCUUGACCUUUUGGCGUCAGUUGACUCGGACAGCCAGCCAGAACAUGCACUUGACCUUCAGCUGGCAAUUGCAAAUAUUUUACAAUCAUUGGUGCAUACAGAAAGAAACCAACAGAUUAUGUGUGAAGCAGGUCUUCAUGCACGGUUGCUGCAUAGAUGUAGCGCAGCUCUAGCAGAUGAAGAUCACUCAUUACACCCUCCUCUUCAGAGAAUGUUUGAAAGACUUGCUUCUCAAGCAUUGGAGCCCAUGGUGCUGAGAGAGUUUCUCCGUCUUGGAAACCCUUUAAAUUGUGCUGCCUGGGACAAAAGGCAAUUAAAGCAAUACAGAGUGCACAAGCCCAGCUCAUUGAGUUAUGAGCCAGAAAUGAGAAGUAGCAUGAUUAUGUCAACAGAAGGCCUAGGCUCAGACAGCGUGUUUUGCGUCAAUGAAGAUAACCAUUACAGAAUAAGCCGUAGCUUGGUAAAGUCAGCAGAAGGAAGCACAGUACCUCUGACCCGAGUAAAGUGCUUGGUUUCCAUGACAACCCCCCAUGACAUCAGACUUCAUGGAUCAUCUGUCACCCCAGCCUUUGUUGAGUUUGAUACAUCCUUAGAAGGCUUUGGAUGCCUUUUCUUGCCAAGUUUGGCACCUCAUAAUGCCCCUACCAGUAAUGCUGUCACUACAGGUCUUAUUGACGGAGCUGUUCUCAGUGGCAUAGGAACAGGUGAACGUCUGUUUCCCCCACCUUCUGGGCUAACCUUUUCAACCUGGUUUUGCAUAGAGCAUUUUAGCACCAGCCCAAAUAACCACCCUGUCCGGCUUCUGACCAUAGUAAGACGGGCCAACUCUUCUGAGCAACAUUUUGUGUGCCUGGCGGUUGUCCUCUCAGCAAAAGACAAAUCCCUAAUGGUGUCCACAAAAGAAGAACUGCUUCAGAAUUAUGUGGAUGACUUCAGCGAGGAGUCGUCCUUCUAUGAGAUCCUGCCUUGCUGUGCUCGGUUCCGCUGCAGUGAGCUUAUAUUGGAAGGGCAGUGGCAUCACAUGGUGCUGGUAAUGAGUAAAGGGAUGCUAAAGAACAGCACAGCAGCGCUCUACAUAGACGGGCAGCUCGUCAACACAGUAAAGCUUCAUUAUGUGCAUAGUUCUCCGGGGGGCUCAGGAUCAACCAACCCACCAGUGGUUAGUACUGUUUAUACCUACAUCGGGACCCCACCAGCUCAACGCCAGCUAUCCUCCCUGGUUUGGCGUCUGGGACCAACCCACUUUCUAGAGGAAGUUCUGACUGCUGCCAGCGUUAGUGUCAUAUAUGAACUGGGACCAAAUUAUGUUGGAAGCUUCCAAGCUGUGUGCACACCAUGCAAAGAUUCAAAGUCUGAAUCAGGCAAUUCAUCUCUAGUGUCUUUAGUACCAGAAGAGAAAGUUUCCUUUGGACUCUAUGCACUUUCAGUAUCUUCACUUACAGUGGCGAGAAUCAGAAAAGUUUAUAACAAGCUAGAUAGCAAAGCCAUUGCAAAACAGUUGGCUAUAUCGUCACAUGAAAAUGCGACUCCGGUGAAGCUGCUGCAUAACUCUGCUGGGCACUUAAAUGGACCUGCGCGGACAAUAGGCGCUGCACUCAUUGGUUAUUUAGGGGUGAGAACGUUUGUCCCAAAGCCAGUAGCUACCACUUUACAAUAUAUCGGAGGUGCGGCCGCCAUACUUGGCCUUGUUGCCAUGGCGUCUGAUGUUGAAGGAUUGUACGCAGCUGUCAAAGCACUCGUGUGUGUAGUAAAGAGCAACCCACUCGCCAGCAAAGAGAUGGAAAGAAUUAAAGGCUACCAGCUGUUAGCAAUGUUGCUAAAGAAAAAGCGGGGUCUCCUGAACAGCCAUAUUCUGCACUUGACCUUUUCAUUGGUUGGAACUGUUGACAGUGGACAUGAAACAUCCAUUAUACCCAACUCUACAGCUUUCCAGGACCUGCUUUGUGACUUUGAGGUCUGGCUUCACGCUCCAUAUGAACUGCACCUUUCCCUCUUUGAACAUUUUAUUGAGCUUCUAACAGAAUCAAGCGAGGCUGCAAAGAACGCCAAACUUAUGAGGGAAUUUCAGCUGAUCCCAAAGCUCCUACUGACCUUGCGGGAUAUGUCUCUAUCUCAGCCGACUAUUGCUGCUAUCAGUAAUGUGUUAAGCUUCCUACUGCAGAGUUUCCCAAAUCCGAAUGACCUUCUGAGGUUCGGUCAAUUCAUCUCUUCAACAUUACCUACGUUUGCUGUGUGUGAGAAGUUUGUAGUCAUGGAAGUAAAUAAUGACGAAAAACUUGAGCCAGGAACAGAAGAUGAUUUUGGGGGACUUGUAUCAGCAAAUCUUAUCCUCCUACGGAACAGACUGUUGGAUAUGCUUCUUAAACUUUUGUAUACAACAAAGGAAAAGACCUCUGUAAAUUUGCAAGCAUGUGAAGAACUGGUUAAGACUCUUGGUUUUGAUUGGAUUAUAAUGUUCAUGGAAGAACACCUGCACUCUACCACAGUGACCGCCGCCAUGAGGAUUCUUGUAGUGUUGCUGAGCAACCAGCCAAUUCUCAUUAGAUUCAAGGAAGGAGUUAGUGGAGGAGGGUGGCUGGACCACACUGACUCUGUGUUGACCAAUAAGAUUGGAACGGUGCUAGGUUUUAACGUUGGAAGGAGUGCGGGUGGGAGAUCAACACUCAGGGAAAUUAACCGUGACGCCUGUCAUUUCCCUGGCUUUCCAGUUCUUCAGUCACUUCUUCCAAAGCACACUAAUGUACCAGCGCUGUAUUUUCUACUCAUGGCGCUGUUCCUCCAGCAGCCAGUCACUGAACUGCCUGAAAACUUGCAGGUCAGUGCACCUGUCACCAGCAACCGAAGUAUCCGCAGUUGUCAGUUUGAUUUGGACUCCAUCUGGACGUUUAUCUUUGGGGUACCUGCAUCCAGUGGAAAUGUGUUCUCUUCCAUCCACAAUGUGUGCACUGAAGCUGCUUUACUCCUCCUGGGAAUGCUUAGAACCAUGCUGAAUUCUCCAUGGCAAUCUGAAGAAGAGGGAUCCUGGCUUCGGGAAUACCCAGUCACACUUAUGCAGUUUUUUCGUUAUUUGUAUCACAAUGUUCCAGAUCUCACACCUAUGUGGAUUAGCCCAGAGUUCCUUUGUGCAUUGGCAGCGUCUGUUUUCCCUUUCAACAUUCGACCCUAUUCUGAAAUGGUCACUGACCUUGAUGAUGAAGUGGGGUCUCCUGCUGAAGAGUUCAAGGCACUAUCUUCAGACUCUGGCAUGAACAGGAGCCAAUCAGAAUACUGCAAUGUGGGCUCCAAGACUUACUUAACCAGCCAUCCUGCCAAGAAAUUUGUGUUUGAUUUCAUGCGUGUCCUGGUAAUAGAAAAUCUCUGCUUGACUCCGGCCAGCAAGCAAACUCCACUCAUAGACCAUCUUUUGGAGGCCUCUCCUGAGAGAUCCACACGAGCACAACAGAAGGAGUUUCAAACUUACAUACUUGACAGUGUAAUGGACCAUCUGCUUGCUGCUGAUGUUCUCCUAGGUGAAGACGCUUCUUUAGCAAUUACUACCGGGGGAAACUACCAGGUGUUGGUGAACAAUGUAUUUUAUUUCAUGCAGCGAGUCGUGGACAAACUUUGGCAGGGAAUGUUUAACAAGGAUUCCAAGCUCGUAGUUGACUGCAUAAUCCAACUCAUAUCACAGUCAAAGAGACGGUCUCAAGGUUUAUCACUGGAAGCCAUUUACAACUGCUUGAAUAGGACUAUCUUGUACCAGUUCUCAAGAGCACACAAAACCGUCCCACAGCAAGUUGCACUUCUAGAUUCUCUUCGGGUUCUUACAGUAAAUCGAAAUCUUAUUUUGGGUCCUGGAAAUCAUGACCAAGAGUUUAUUGCCUGCUUGGCUCACUGCUUGAUCAAUCUCUAUACAGGAAGCAGCCCUGAUGGCUUUGGUUUAGAAGCAGAGGCCCGGAUGACCACAUGGCACAUUAUGAUGCCAUCUGAUAUAGAUACGGAUGGGACCUACCAAGACAUCAGUGAAGGACGUCAGCUUCUCUUGAAAGCUGUCAACCGUGUUUGGAUUGAGUUGAUUCAUAGCAAGAAGCAGGUUUUGGAAGAGAUGUUCAAAGUGACAUUUCCUGCCAAUGAGAGAGGACACGUAGACAUUGCUGUUGUAAGACCUUUUAUUGAAGAUGCAACAUUACGCUGUUGGCAGAAUCACUUGGCUUAUGAAAAGAAAUGCAUCACUAAAGGAGAAGCUUUGGCCCCAAGUAAUCAGUCUAAGUUGUCCCGUGUCAGCAGUGGCUUUGGCCUUUCUAAAUUAACUGGAUCACGAAGAAACCGUAAGGAGAGCGGACUCAAUAAACAUAACCUCUCUACACAGGAAAUUUCCCAGUGGAUAUUCACUCACAUUGCAGUUGUACGGGACCUGGUAGACAUGCAGUAUAAAGAACACCAAGAGAGGCAGCAGAAUGCUUUGAAAUAUGUGACAGAGGAAUGGAACCAGAUUGAAUAUGAACUCCUGCGUGAGAGAGGGUUAUGGGGCCCCCUCAUUGGAUCUCACCUGGAUAAAUGGAUGCUCGAGAUGACUGAAGGACCGUGUAGAAUGAGGAAGAAGAUAGUGAGGAAUGAUAUGUUUUAUAUCCAUUACCCCUACGUUCCUGAUGUUGAGCAAGAGUCAAAUACACUAUCUGACUUUCCAUGUACCAUGCCUGAGACAUCUGAUGGAAUCUUCAUAUCUAACCAUGAAAAGAAACCAGCUCGUUACCGACGUGCUGUCAGCUAUGAUAGUAAAGAUUAUUACAUGCGCCUGAUGCCAGGGAACCCAGCAGUGUUCCAGGACACAGUCGAGGAAAGCUCUGAAGGGGAAGCGGCACAUCAUGAACCAGAACAUGGGGAAGAUACUAUUGCUAGAGUCAAAGGUCUGGUGAAAGCGCCUCUUAAGCGAUCACGGUCAGCUCCAGAUGGAGGGGAAGAGGAAAACCAAGAGCUUUUGGACCAGUUUUGUGAAGGCUCAUCAAUGGAUGAAGAGGAGAAAAUGGAUAGUACCACCCUACUGAGGUUACUUGAGGAAGGAGAAAAGAUUCAGCACAUGUAUCGCUGCGCUAGGGUGCAAGGAUUGGACACCAGUGAAGGCCUGCUUCUCUUUGGCAAAGAACAUUUUUAUGUGGUUGAUGGGUUUACAUUGACUCUCACUAGGGAGAUCCGGGAUAUUGAAACAUUACCGGCAAACAUGCAUGAGCCAAUCAUACCUCGUGGUGCAAGACAGGGCCCCAGUCAACUGAAAAGAACGUGCAGCAUAUUUGCCUAUGAAGAUAUAAAAGAAGUGCAUAAAAGAAGAUAUUUGUUACAGCCUAUUGCUGUAGAGGUGUUUUCUGGGGAUGGACGGAAUUAUUUAUUAGCUUUUCAGAAAGGAGUAAGAAACAAAGUUUACCAAAGAUUUUUGGCUGUUGUUCCAUCUCUAACUGACAGCUCAGAAUCUGUUUCAGGACAGCGUCCAAACACCAGUGUUGAACAAGGUUCUGGACUCCUUAGCACCUUGGUCGGAGAAAAGUCUGUUACACAGAGAUGGGAGAGGGGAGAAAUCAGCAAUUUCCAGUAUUUGAUGCACUUAAACACUUUGGCUGGCAGAUCAUACAAUGAUCUCAUGCAAUACCCUGUUUUCCCAUGGAUCCUGGCAGAAUACGACUCUGAGGAGUUGGAUCUGACAAAUCCGAAGACAUUUAGAAACUUGGCUAAACCAAUGGGAGCACAAACUGAUGACCGCCUAGCUCAGUAUAAGAAACGUUAUAAGGACUGGGAGGAUCCCAAUGGAGAGACACCAGCUUAUCAUUAUGGGACUCAUUAUUCUUCUGCAAUGAUAGUUGCCUCUUAUUUAGUCAGAAUGGAGCCAUUUACUCAGAUAUUUCUUCGACUACAGGGCGGCCAUUUUGAUCUUGCUGAUCGAAUGUUUCAUAGUGUGCGUGAGGCAUGGUAUUCUGCUUCCAAGCACAACAUGGCUGAUGUCAAGGAACUCAUUCCAGAAUUCUUUUAUCUACCAGAAUUCCUCCUUAACUCUAACAACUUUGACCUGGGUUGCAAACAAAAUGGCACAAAACUGGGAGACGUUCUUCUUCCCCCUUGGGCUAAAGGAGACCCCCGAGAAUUCAUUCGUGUACACAGAGAGGCUCUAGAAUGUGACUAUGUCAGCGCUCAUCUGCAUGAAUGGAUCGAUUUGAUCUUUGGGUACAAGCAACAAGGUCCACCAGCUGUGGAAGCAGUUAAUGUCUUCCACCACCUCUUUUACGAAGGCCAAGUGGACAUUUACAACAUCAAUGACCCGCUAAAAGAAACCGCUACCAUAGGCUUUAUUAAUAACUUUGGGCAAAUCCCCAAACAGUUAUUCAAAAAACCUCAUCCACCAAAGCGUGUCAGGAGUCGAAUAAAUGGAGAGUUGACAUCAAUGUCUAUGCCACUGGGAUCUGCAUGUGACAAAAUCUUUUUCCAUCAUUUGGACAAUCUGAGGCCUUCUCUUGCUCCUGUUAAAGAACUGAAGGAGCCCGUGGGGCAAAUAGUUUGCACAGAUAAAGGAAUCCUGGCUGUAGAACAAAACAAGGUUCUUACUCCCCCUACCUGGAACAAGUCUUUUGCUUGGGGCUAUGCAGACCUCAGUUGCAGGCUAGGAACCUAUGAGUCUGACAAGGCGGUUGUUGUGUACGAGUGCCUAUCUGAAUGGGGACAGAUUUUGUGUGCUAUUUGCCCAAACCCUAAAAUGGUGAUAACAGGAGGGACAAGCACGGUGAUCUGUGUGUGGGAAAUGGGAACUUCAAAAGAAAAAGCCAAAACCCUCACUCUGAAGCAGGCUCUGAUUGGACACACUGAUACGGUGACGUGCUUGACUGCGUCAUUAGCCUAUCACAUAGUUGUGAGUGGAUCUCGGGACCGCACAUGCAUCAUCUGGGAUUUGAACAAGCUUGCAUUUGUAACACAGCUACGUGGUCACAGAGCUCCAGUAUCUGCCCUCUGUAUAAAUGAACUAACUGGAGACAUAGUGUCUUGUGCGGGUACGUACAUCCACGUGUGGAGCAUUAACGGCAAUCCCAUAGUCAGCGUGAAUACGUUCACUGGAAGAAGCCAGCAGAUUUUAUGUUGCUGCUUGUCUGAAAUGAAUGAAUGGGACACGCAGAACGUUUUUGUCACUGGUCAUUCAGAUGGGGUAGUUCGUUUUUGGAGAAUGGAAUUUUUGCAAGUUCCAGAGACACCAGCUCCAGAACCAGCUGAUGCCAUUGAGAUACCAGAUGACUGCACAGAAGCACAUAUAGAUACAGGACAUGAAGCCCAGGAUGAUGACAGCAGUGACUCUGAUGUUGAAGAUCAAAGUGUCAGCCAGGAAUCCAGGCCACGGGAGAACCAGUCUCAGCCCAGCAAUAUACCACAUCGCCCUAGAGCAUCCUCAGCCAGAGCUGGCCUAGCUGCUUGGACAACAGAUAGUGGAUCAGAGGACUCUAAACAGUGGUCAGAUCAGCUGAGCUUAGAUGAAAAAGAAGGCUUUAUCUUUGUAAACUAUUCAGAAGGUCUAUCCAAAGUACAGAUCCCGCAGGUCCAGAGUGGUGCACCACUGAGCCAAUCAGAAGUGCGGCACUAUAACAAGCUGAAGAUUGGCUACAGAUGGGAGCGCCAGUUGGUAUUUAGAAGCAAGCUCACUAUGCACACAGCAUUUGAUCGGAAAGACAAUACACAUCCUGCAGAGAUUACAGCUCUGGGUAUCUCCAAGGAUCACAGUAGGAUAUUAAUUGGAGACAGUCGAGGACGGGUGUACAGCUGGUCUGUCAGUGAUCAGCCAGGGCGAUCUGCAGCGGAUCACUGGGUGAAAGAUGAAGGGAUGGACAGCUGUUCAGGAUGCACAGUGCGGUUUUCUCUUACCGAAAGGCGACACCACUGCAGAAAUUGUGGACAGCUCUUUUGCCAAAAGUGCAGUCGUUUCCAGUCGGAGAUUAAGCGCCUGAAAAUUUCUUCUCCCGUACGUGUUUGUCAGAACUGCUACUAUAACUUGCAGCAUGAACGCGGCUCUGAGGAAGGGUCAAGGAACUAGAAACACUUUGUCUACUAGUUUCAAGAUUCUAAUGGAGGCCUUCCAUAAUUUUGCGAUCAUUAUUAUUUCCAACUGAAUUAACGACUCAAAGGCAUUAAGAAAACAAAUUGAUCACAUUUCAGUUUACAUGUAUAUUUGUACUGUGCUCUAUACACUGCAAGAAAAAAAAGGGAUCACUCAACUUGCUUACUGCUAUGGUUUUAGAUAUUAGAAAUUAACUGAAACAGAAAGACACAUGAUCUUUCAUGCACAUAUAUGUAAAGCAGCUCCAAUGCUAUGUCUGCAGGCUGAGAAUCAAUGUCCUCUUUACCUUAUAUUUUGUGGAAACUGUUGUUACAAAAUUCUAAUUAUAAAUUAAUUGACACUUAGGAAGAAAGCAGACUUACAGCUGUGUACAGUUUUUUUUGUAAAUAAUAUAUUGACCUUUUUAAAUGAAAUCUAAACUUAAUUGCUUGUAACAUCAGACUAAACUCAAGAAAUAUAUAAUCUAUAUACUUUGUUAGUACUCUUAUUUCUUUCAGCAGACUGAACCAUGUGUGUUUUAAAAGUACCUCUUUAUUUGUGUAUGAUGGAACCGUGUGAGGAUUAUUAGAUGCAACGCUCUUUGUAAUAACGGACUAUACAAAACAGUGAAAAGCUGGAGUAAACUUUAACAGGUCUCAACCCUAUUUGUAUAUUUGUUUUUUUAAGUUGGUACACAUCUUAUGUUUUUAGGUUGCAUAUUGUAAAUUGUAAGAAUUUUUUUUAUGAAUUUAUGAUCUAAAAUGAUAAAUGGGUUUGUCUUUUUUUUUAUUUUAAGAAAAAAAAAUCUUGCAAUAGAAAAUGACAUCAUGUAUGUUUAUUUUAACGCACUAUUAUUUGUAUAUUUUCCUUUUUUUUAAAAAAAAAUUAUACAGAGCAGUCAGGGCACUGGUUGUACCGACGUUCUUGAGACUAAGCCAUUUCAAUCUGCUAUAAAGCCCCAAUGAGAGUUCUCGCUUUGCCUUGAACUCAUUUUCUAAUUGUGUAUAAUGCUCACUAGAAAGAUCUGCCUUUGUAGAAAUAUAACUUACUUGAGCUGAAAUUUGUUGUGUUAGCUACAUAUUUUGACAAGCUGUUAUGAGAAUGAGGUUUAAACAUUGGAGCUGGCAAAGGGUCCUAAACAUUUUUAAGUUAGUCCAGUAUAUAUAUAUAUAUAUAUAUAUAUUAUAUAUAUAUAUAUAUAUAUAUAUAUAUAUAAUCAAUUUAUUUAUUAACAAUAAAUGGCAAUGUUAAUAUAUGCAAAAAAUAAUCAAGAGUAACUACCAAAAUAAUUUAAUAGAUAGCUGUACAAAUUCAACUAGUCUUUUUAAUUUUAUUUUUCAAAUUUUAACCUGAUUACAAGAACAAUAUGUCACCAAAGGUAAAUAUACAGUGUAAAAAAAAUGCCUUUUUUAUUUGUUUUCCUGUUUGCAAAAUUAAUUGAAUUAACACAUUAACUUAUGUGUUGAUACUAGGAAGGAAAUAUAUAUGCAAAACUACAUAAUUAAUUUUGUAAUAAAAACAAAACCGUACUGAAAAAAAAAAAAAGAUUUUUUUAAGUUGUCGAUCUUAAAAUAUGUAUUCAUUUUAAACGAUUAGUCCCAUUAAUGUAAUCAUGCUUUUAUGUAGUGGACACAUGGAUUCAGUGGCUUUUGGCAGAUGGUGUUUAUUAACCUCAAAGGUGAUAAUUGGUUUGAGCCACCAAACGUAAAAUUUAAUAUACAUUGAUGACCCUUCUAUAAUGCAACAUAAUUGUAAUGCACAGCACCUUACUAGCCUCAUUAAAAAGAUCAAAAGUAAUAGAUUUCUGCUUCAGUACUGAAAAGACCUGGGGUUUUUUUACAGUCUCAUUAUAAAGGUCUUAACAGCAAUGAAAGUGUAAUUGUUUGUGGCUACUCGAUGGGGUAAUGCCAAAUUCUAAAGGAUUAUUUAUAUCCAGUAGAUAUUGGCAAUUAUUAUAUUUAGCAAACUGUCCUUCUCUUUGCUACCAAUGCAAAAGAAAAAGAAAAGAAAAACAAAACAGGAGAAGCGUAUAGCUUGUUUCUAUUUCCUUAUACAAAAAUAUAUAUAUUAUGCAUAUAUGUUCUGCCUAAUUAUACUAAGGUUGUACAAAACCAUUUAGUUUAUCUCCUAUUGUGAAUCUCAUUUCUACAUGCCUUGUUCUGCCUAUCACACUAAUGCAAGCAAUCAUGUAUUCUCAGUAUAUUUGUAGGUAGUAUUCAAUUAUAUUGUCAUGCUUACAGAUUAGGCAAGCAAACACUUUGUAAGAUAGGCUGUCAUAUAUUCAUUAGCAGAACACUUUAGAUAAAUUAUUUUGCACCUUCUUUUGUACAGUAGCUGUAGUAGCCAAAUUUUAUUUUAUUUUGUGCUCUGUAUUACUUAAAGCCUUUUUUUGGUUUUAAUAACAAAAAUGAAAUAAAAAAAAUAAAAACUGUGUAUAAAAAAAAAUAUUUAUGCAGUUGAAAGAAGCAAAAAAAAAAUUUAGGAAGUAUUUUAAUUUCAGCAAGUUUUGUUACUUGUUGCAUGACUAUUAACACAGCUGACUUUUUGUGUCAGUGCAAUGUAUAUUAUUUUUAUUUUUUUUUGUCCUGUUAUAAACUUGUAUGCCCUUAUACACAGCCAUUUUCUUUGUACAGCAGCAAACGUUAUUGGAGUAUAGCUGGCUAAGACAGAAGUGUGGAAUUUUGUAAUAAAGUAUUGCAAAAUCCAGUGUCUGUUGUGGUUUUUUUUUUUUUUGGUGGUUGAAUGUACAAGGCUCGGGAAGAUUUACAAGCGGCAAUCUGUAAUAUCUGGAUGUUCAUUGCAGAACUGUCUCUAAUGCAAAGAGUAGAGUAAUACAAUAACUUAACUAAAUGCAAUAGGUCAGGUUUUUUCCCCCAUUGUUGUUUGUUUUUUCAUUACAAAUAAAUACUUGCUAUUUCCCACCAAAA